AUGGAAACCUCGACAGCAAAGAGCUUGGAGUCGUCCCCUCUCAACAGGGCCAACGAAGCUUCCGAGCUCAUCGAUGCCGUCAAGGCCUUGAUCAUACCCUUCAUACAACGUGCUGAUGACCAUGUCAACGUCCGCGCCGCUGGCGACCUCCUCCCGCCGUCCGUUCUCAACGCCCAUCUGUCCACCCUCCUGCCCACCACAGGCCAGGGAGCUGGAAGAGAGGGCCUUCUAAAGGCCAUCGCAGAGGUCCUCCACAACAGCGUCAACACCUGGGACCAGGGCUUCCUCGACAAGCUGUACUCGUCAACAACUCCCGUCGGCCUCGUUACUGAGCUGCUCCUCGCCACUCUGAACACCAACGUGCACGUCUACUCCGUCUCGCCCGCUCUCAGCGUCAUCGAGAAGCACACCGCACGGUCCCUGGCGCGCUUGUUUGGCUUCGAUGGACCUCGUGCCGGAGGUGUCACCGUCGCGGGUGGCAGCGCCUCCAACCUGACGUCUCUCAUCAUUGCGCGCAGUCACCUCUACCCAGAGACCAAGACGCAGGGCAACGCAGGCCACAAGUUUGUCCUCUUCACCAGCGAGCACGGUCACUACUCGGUCGAGAAGGCCGCCCUGAUCGCCGGCAUUGGCAAAGCCAAUAUCCGCCUCGUUCCCGUCGACGCCGCUGGCUGCAUGGAUCCAUCCGCUCUGUCCGCCCUCAUCGCCACAGCCCGAGCUGAAGGACUGACCCCACUCUACGUGAAUGCCACUGCAGGCACCACAGUCCUGGGCUCCUACGAUCCCCUGGCCGAGAUCAGCGCCGUGUGCCGCCGGGAGCGCGUGUGGAUGCACGUCGACGCCUCCUGGGGCGGUCCGGUCGUCUUCUCCGCCCGCCACGGCCCCAGCAGGAUGCGCGGCGCAGAGCUGGCCGACAGCGUCACCGUCAACCCGCACAAGAUGCUCAACGCCCCUGUGACGUGCUCGUUCCUCCUGGGGCCGGACAUGCGCGUCUUUCACGCCGCCAACAGGACGGACGCGCCGUAUCUCUUCCACGGUGAAGACAGCAAUGGCGAUGACGAGGACAGCGAGGCCACCACUUGGGACCUGGCCGACCUCACGCUGCAGUGCGGAAGGAGAGGCGACGCGCUCAAGCUCGCGCUGGCGUGGGUCUACCAUGGUCCUGCCGGCUUCGAGGCCCAGGUCGACGGGGCCUUUGAGGUGGCUGCGUUCUUCGCCGCCGAGAUCGGGAGGAGGCCUGCCUUCACGCUCGUCGGCGAAAGCCCGCCGUCUUGCUUGCAGGUGUGCUUUUAUCACCGGUACAGCGACAGGGACAACGGGGCCACCAACACUAAGAGGACGGUAGAGAUGGUGAAGAGGCUCUGCGGGCGGGGUUUCAUGGUGGAUUAUGCGAGCUUCCCGGGUAGUUUCAAGGGGAAAUGGGGGCGAGCGUGGCAGGGGAGUUUCUUCAGGGUGGUGGUGAAUAUUCAGACGAGGAGGGAAACGAUCCAAGGACUUGUGAAGGCGCUGGAGGAGGUCGGGGAAGAGGUAGAGUCGAGCUGAGAAGCCCGCAGAUGACUUGGCUGCUGAAGAAAUGGAUGGAAUGGUAGGUAUAAUUAGAUGGUAGAGAUGUCAGUCUUCCUUAGAAGAAGUUUGAUGGAUCGGUCAAAAGACUAUAGGUUUUAGAUUCCCAGGUUGAGUACACUUGAACAUGCAGGAUAGGAGUACAUUUUG